CAAAGGUCCAGGCUCAAACAUCCAGGCUUCAGGAACCGAUUUUUUCAAGAUGCUUCCCAACAACGUUAACAAGACUUCCCUCCACCCUACCGGUGUUACUCCCCACCAGGAGCACACCGAGUUGGAACAGGAGCUCCACGACAAGGCUCACAUCGAUUACGAUCGUGUCGCUAUUAUCCCUAACCCUUCAGUCGCUGCCCUCUACGAGGAUGCUCUUGUCUACGAGACUGGUACCGCUAUCACAUCCAGCGGUGCCCUGACUGCCUACUCUGGCGCUAAGACUGGUCGAUCUCCUCUCGACAAGCGAAUCGUCGAGGAGGCUUCUUCCAAGGACAACAUUUGGUGGGGACCUGUCAACAAGCCCAUGACUCCUGAGGUCUGGAAGAUCAACCGAGAACGUGCUGUCGAUUACCUCAACACCCGAAGCCGUAUCUAUGUCAUUGAUGGUUUUGCCGGCUGGGACGAGAAGUACCGCAUCAAGGUCCGAGUUAUCUGCGCCCGCGCCUACCAUGCUCUCUUCAUGCGAAACAUGCUUAUCCGACCUACACGAGAGGAGCUCAACGACUUCCACCCCGACUACACAAUCUACAAUGCUGGCAAGUUCCCUGCCAACCGAUACACCGAGGGUAUGACCUCCGGUACAUCAGUUGCCAUCAACUUCGAGCAGAAGGAGAUGGUCAUCCUCGGUACUGAGUAUGCUGGUGAAAUGAAGAAGGGAGUCUUCACUGUUCUUUUCUACGAGAUGCCCAUCAAGCACAACGUCCUCACUCUUCACUCCUCCGCCAACGAGGGCAAGAACGGCGAUGUCACCCUUUUCUUCGGUCUCUCUGGAACUGGCAAGACCACUCUCUCCGCCGACCCCAACCGAGCCCUCAUUGGUGACGACGAGCACUGCUGGUCUGACAACGGUGUUUUCAACAUCGAGGGUGGUUGCUACGCCAAGACCAUUGGUCUGUCCGCUGAGAAGGAGCCCGAUAUCUAUGGCGCUAUCCGAUACGGUUCCGUCCUUGAGAACGUCGUUUUCGACCCUCUCACCCGUGAGGUCGACUACGAUGACGCUACCCUCACUGAGAACACCCGAUGCGCCUACCCCAUCGAGUACAUCUCCAACGCCAAGAUUCCUUGCCUCUCUCCCAACUCUCCCUCCAACAUCAUCCUCCUCACUUGCGACGCCCGCGGUGUCCUGCCUCCUAUCUCCAAACUUGACAGCGCCCAGACCAUGUUCCACUUCAUCUCUGGUUACACCUCCAAGAUGGCCGGUACUGAGGACGGCGUCACCGAGCCCCAGGCUACCUUCUCCAGCUGCUUCGCUCAGCCCUUCCUUGCUCUGCACCCCAUGAAGUACGCCAAGAUGCUUGCCGACAAGAUUGAGACACACAAGGCCAACGCCUGGCUCCUCAACACCGGUUGGGUCGGUGCCGGUUUCGCCCAGGGCGGCAAGCGAUGCCCCCUCAAGUACACCCGUGCCAUCCUCGACGCCAUCCACUCUGGUGACCUCGCCAACGUUGAGUACGAGAACUACGGUGUCUUCAACCUCCAGGUCCCCAAGUCCUGCCCCAACGUUCCUUCAGAACUUCUCAACCCCUCCAAGGCCUGGACCGCUGGUGAGGACAGCUUCAACACUGAGGUUGUCAAGCUCGGCAAGCUCUUCCGCGAGAACUUCGCCAAGUACGAGAGCGAGGCCACCGAAGAUGUCGUCAAGGCCGGCCCCGUUGUCUAAGGAAAAGGAUAAGAAGGAAAAACAAAAGGGAAAGCGAUCUUUUUUUGUGAUGAAUUUGAGCAACUGUUUACCAUUUGGGUCCGGCGUCAUUACAUGGCGGCCAUCAACCGGCUGCCCUCUUUUUUAUAUAUCUGAAAGGGUUUUCUUUUACAUGGCAUGAGAUUGUAUGUGAUGUAAGCAUGAAUAGCUUUACGAUUCUGCAAUAGAAAGCGUAUAUCUUCUACA